UAUUUACAUAAAUACCAAAUAAAAAAAAAAAAAAAAAAAAAUAUAUAUAUAAACAAAAAUAGCUUACUUCAGCAUAGAAAACAGGAAACAGCUUUUUUGCCAAUAAUAUCCCUGCUUGUGCGUGCUCCCUGGGAGCGCGCAGCACCGCGAUCCAGUGCCCGCUGUGUCCUCCGGACACAGUGGAACACCGAUCGUCAUAUGGGACCUCUGUGCGAGGUCCCGAUCAUGUGAUCACUGAUUGGCCAAUCAGUGAUCACAUGCAGAGUAGUAAGCAAGAUGUCACUUCUGA